UAUUAUCCUUUCACAAAACACAUUAAAUGGAGAUCUUCUAGAUACAACAAGAUACAGUUCAUUGGAGGACUUGAUGUAAAUAUAUAUUUAAUGCUCAUGAUAUAGCUUCAGAUAUCAUGUAAUAAGAGUGCCCUGAAGAUCUGAAAAAUGAGACGGUGCAAGCAUCUAUAAAUGUAGGGUCUAUCCCAAACUCCAGUCUUCAGUAUACACAUCUUUGUGAAAUGACUCUAAGAAGGAGCACCAUGCUGAUUGCUCUUCUCGUUGUUUUGCUCGCCUUUUCAGGCCCAAUCAAAGGAGAAGAUGACUUGGGCGGAGGUGAUGGCGGUGACUUGGCCCCUCCUCCUAAUCCAGGGGGCAGUCAUUUGUCUCCUCCACCUCCUCCAUCUCCAAAGAGCCAUCCACCUCCAUCUCCAAAGACUGAUUUGGCUCCUCCUCCAUCUCCAAAGACCAAUCCACCUCCACCUGCACCGAUCCAGCCGCCACCAGGCCCCUGUGCGGAAGUGAGGUUGUACAAAGGGCCGUGCGUCAACAUGGUUUGCGCGGCCGCUUGUAUCGCAGAGUUGCAUCAGGGCGGCCACUGUCGUGGGCAUAUUUUUACUGGUGGUUGCUAUUGUUUCGUGUGUUCGGUAGCAAAGUCUAGCCCAUCAUUACAUUGAUGCGGAGCAUGCAGAAUGUGGUUAUAUGUUUUCGAUUGGUUCGAUCAAAUAAUAAAGGAUGUGGUGAUUACAG